AAUACAAUAGAGAGAGAGAGUGGCUGCGAAACCAAAACGCAGCUUACGAACCUGCGUGGACUCGUCCUAAUAAACCCCCUUUAGCGGAGUUUACCACACCUACUCUCUCUCUCUCUCUCUCUCUCUCCUCUUUUUUAUUAAAGUUUCCACCUCCAGAUUUUCUCUACUACCUCUGCUUUCUAAUCUUCGUUAGAUCUCCACGAGUGUAAGAUGGCAGCAACAUCAGCAGCUACCUUUUCGAUUGGUACAACUGCCUCUCAUGGCCCCAAAAUGAGCUCGCUUUCGCAGUUGAAGCCUUGUGCUUUGAGGCUCAACGUGCAAAAUUCAUUUGAGUCAUCCUUCCUAGGCAAGGAAAGCCCUGCGGCUCUACGAGCAUCUUUCCCGCUAAAGGCUCAAAAGGCAGACCAGAGGUCCCACUACCACUUGCAGCCUCAAGCAUCAUACAAAGUAGCUGUUCUUGGAGCUGCCGGAGGGAUCGGUCAGCCCUUGUCGCUUCUUAUCAAAAUGUCUCCGUUGGUUUCUGCCCUGCACCUUUACGAUGUUGCAAAUGUCAAAGGGGUUGCUGCAGAUCUUAGCCACUGCAACACUCCCUCGCAAGUUCUGGACUUCACGGGAAAUUCUGAGCUGGCCAAUAGUUUGAAAGGUGUAAAUGUGGUUGUCAUACCUGCUGGUGUUCCCAGAAAGCCCGGUAUGACUCGUGAUGACCUCUUUAACAUCAAUGCCGGUAUAGUAAAGAACCUGGUUGAGGCUGUUGCUGACAACUGCCCCGAUGCCUUUAUCCACAUUAUCAGUAACCCCGUCAACUCCACAGUGCCGAUUGCGGCGGAAGUCCUGAAACAGAAAGGUGUGUAUGAUCCAAAGAAGCUUUUUGGUGUCACCACACUGGAUGUCGUGAGAGCGAAUACAUUUGUUGCUCAGAAGAAGAAUCUGAAAUUGAUUGAUGUCGAUGUCCCGGUUGUGGGGGGACAUGCUGGUAUAACAAUUCUGCCCCUCCUAUCGAAAACAAAACCAUCAGUGAGCUUCACUGACGAAGAAAUUCAAGAGCUGACCGUCAGGAUUCAAAACGCUGGAACUGAGGUUGUGGAGGCUAAGGCAGGCGCAGGUUCUGCUACAUUGUCGAUGGCGUAUGCUGCAGCUAGAUUUGUUGAGUCAUCCCUCCGUGCGCUGGAUGGAGAUGCUGACGUUUACGAAUGUUCUUACGUGCAGUCGGAUCUGACUGAGCUCCCAUUCUUUGCGUCGAGGGUCAAGCUUGGAAGGAAAGGUGUUGAAGCUUUAAUAUCUUCCCACCUCCAGGGGCUGACCGAGUAUGAGCAAAAGGCUUUGGAAGCCCUUAAGCCAGAGCUUAAGGCCAGCAUUGAGAAGGGCAUUGCAUUUGCUCAGAAGCAAACUGUGGCUGUGUAGAUUCCAAGUAUCAAAAACUCUUACCUUGUUGUGACACAUCCUUUGGAGAGAAUGGUUGAACAUUGAUGAUUUUUGUGCGGAUUUUAUCAUUUCAUCAGUACUUUCAGUUUUGUAGAAUUUAAAGUUUUCUUGUUUCUUUUUUUGAUUUCAAAGAACUUUGGUAUGGAAAAGUAAAGGUGCCUGAUGUCAGGUUUUGGAAUAACAUUGCUGGUGCGUAGUUACUUUUGAGGAGUAUUUAUUGGAAUAAAAA